GCGCUACGAGUCGGUAACGAAAAAGAUCAAACCAUGUAUACAGUCUCCAUAGUGGUCCUGGGCUGGUGCGUAGGUCGGAAUUUUUUUGUUUUCUGUCGCGUUCCCCUUCAUCUGACCCCUCCCCCGAGCCGCUAAGCUGCUGUGAUGAACCACCGUGAGCUCCUACGUAGUUCUCCUCUCUCACCUGCGUCUAAUCCGUCUCUAACCGUGCUAGCCACCGGAGCCGAAAUCUCACCACCGCCGGCCAUGUCGCCACUGUCGUUUUAGCCACUGGAGCUUGCGCCUGAGCGCGUCAUCAUAUUGAGACCAUCUCCAGGAACUCGUAGCACCCACAGGUUCGCCCUGCCGUGCCCUGUAGCGUUCCUCCGAGCACGCCCGAACUUUGGCCGCCGCAUCGCUCGCCGCCGUCAUCACUGUAGGCUACGCCAGCUUCCCUCGCUUUGCUCCUCUGGACGCGGAUCAACUCCAGCUACCAAACGCGCCUGCCCGCGGAUCAACUAGUGCUAUUUGCAAAAAAGGUAGGCUCAUAAUUAGUGGUUUUUGGCACAAAACUGUAGAAUUAUGGCUUCUGCAACCCUAACCUUUAAUGUCGAUGUUUUUGCAAUUCACUCCUUUGGUUGCAAACUGAUUACCAUGCUCUGCUGUAGCACUGUUAUUCCUUUUAAUACUCAUCAAAGAUGCCACUUCUGGGCCUUUUUUGACUGCCUUUUUAAUUUAAUUUAAUUUUUGAGGCAUUUUUAUUUAGUUUAAUAGAAACCAGCUUACGUUGUCAACCAUACACAACCUGUUUUCAUCACACUCGGCCUGUUAUCAUAUGAGAAAAGGAUGCCGCUUCUGGAUAUUUUUUGCCUGCUUUUUCAUUUUCAUUUAUUUAUUUUGGCAUUUUUAGUUUAAUUUAAUAAAAACCAUCUUACAUUAUCAACCAUACAUGCAUAGCCUGUUUAAAUAACAUUUUCAUCACACUCGGCCUGUUUUCCUUGAUGGGCCUGAACAACUGCUUAAGAAACAAAACAGGCCCAGUAACGGUGAGCUUUUACAAGGUCUGGCCCGUCAUAUAUGCCGGUGAGAGGCAGUGAUUGAGAACCCCGGUUCUCGCCGCCGCCGCCGCCGCCUCGGACGCGUUGAUCGGGUCGUCGGACCAUUGCUUGCAGCUAACCUGUUUGACGAAAUGUCGGCGCCAGCAUCUACUCGCUGUGGUUCCAAGAGCGCGCGAGGCACCUGCAGUGGCGUCGACAGGCUCAGCAGCCUUCCCAGUGAGCUGCUCCACCGCGUGAUGUCCUUCCUGCCCAUGCCGGAGGCCGUGCGCACAAGUCUGCUCUCGCCGAGCUGGCGCUAUCUCUGGGCAUCUACUCCAUACAUCCGCAUCGACCACCACAACUUCACGGAUGACAACGAAAAGAUGGAGAAGUUCGGGGACCGCCUGCUGCUCUUGCGCGACAGCACUGCUUCCUUGGAUGAAGCCCGGAUCAUUGACCACUCGGUUGCUAGUACCACAUGUACUGUGUGGAUUCGACAUGUCAUCAUGCACAAAGUUCGUCACCUCCAUGUUUCCGGAUUGGGCCAUCUGGAUAGCUCAGCCGUGCCUCCUUCUAACCACCUCAAAACAAUCAGGCUCCAAUUUGUCAUAUUGGGAGAUGGGCUCUUGAGGCCGCUCAACUACGACUCCCGAGUGCUUCAACUUCUACAGCUGGAGGAUUGCGUUUUGGUUGACCUGAAGGAGAUCUCAUCCAGGUCACUCAAGGUUCUGCAUAUCAUUAACUGCCUUAUCACCGGGAGUCUCCUGAUUUGUGCUAGCAAUCUUACCCAUCUCUCUAUCCUAGACAUGCAUAGUCAUUCCGGAGCUAUAUUAGUUAGGGAUCUGUCUUCUCUAGUAACAGCCUUUGUUAGUGUAAGGACAAUAGAGGGCCAUGGUCUACUUGAUGGCCUCUCACAUGCCACAUCCUUGGAGUUGCAUGCACCAUUACUUGAGAGAGGUUUGUGGAUAUGCCCAAUGUUCAGCAACCUGACAAGCCUAGUGCUGGGCCAUUGCUGCAUGGCUGCUGAUUUCGACGCGCUGCUUUGCAUUCUCCAGCGCUCGCCCAAGCUGAAGGAGUUGACUUUUAAGCUCGAAAGAGUGCAAUGUAUAAGGUGCAUGCAUUCUGAAUCUACUUUGCCACCAUCAGGAGCAGCGUUGAGCUUGGGCUCCCACCCUUGCAUCGAGAGGAUCAAGAUCUGCUGCUCGAAAGAACAUCCAAGUGUCGGCACGCUGGUGGAGGCCUUGCAACCGAUUGUCGGUGAUGUGAAAAUCAGCAUCAAGCAUCUCUAUUAAUUGUUUUGGGCACCUGCCACCUUAGACCAGUGCUAAGUUAAUGUGUCUAGACGAAGUGUUCCUGUCGUAAACGUUCUGUAAACAAGAAUAACCAGUCGAUUCCGGCCUGCGGCCGCUGAGGAGGCUGGGUCAAGCUCCCUGCUCCUGUAUCUCUCGGAAUGGAUUGGGUAAUUAAUCUGCAAUUUAAGAAAAAGGGUUU